AUGUCUGAAUUUUUGUGUAUUAUUUUGUUUGCUACAAUAGUAUACUUACUUUAUUAUCCAAAUGAUCCUCUUGGAAUAAUUAGAAAAUUUAGAAAUGUAACUUUAUAUCCUAUGUAUAAUAAUUGCUACCAUAUAAACGAUAUUAUUGAAGAAUCUAAGUCAGGUAAGCAAGUAACAGCAAUAGAAAAAAGUGAAGACAAGUCAAGAAAAAACAAUAAACCAAAAAAGAUUAAUAAAUCUAAUGAUUCAUUAAUAAAAAAUGAUCUUGGACUUACUCCUGGGCCAGGAGUUAUUGUUGACAAAACACAACCAAACUUUGAUGAAAGUGAAUUUAUUAGAAACUCAUUAAGAAAAAAAGCUAAUCGUGGAAAAUAA